AUGGACACUCUUCGUAGAUCAUGGAAACUUCAGGAGUUUGUUGCCCACAAGGCCAAUGUCAAUUGCUUAGCAAUGGGACAUAAAUCUAAUCAAGUAUUAGCAACUGGUGGAGAUGAUAAGAAAGUGAACUUAUGGGCAAUUGGAAGGCAGGGCUGUUUAAUGAGUCUCAGUGGACAUACAACUCCAGUAGAAUGUGUAUGCUUUGGUCAUUCAGAAGACUUAGUGUGUGCCGGGUCACAGACAGGUGCCCUUAAGAUUUGGGAUUUAGAGGCUGCUAAAUUACUUAGAACAUUUACUGGACAUAAAGGUGCUAUUAAGUGUAUGGAUUUCCAUCCAUAUGGCGACUAUUUGACAACUGGCUCUUGUGAUAGUCAUAUAAAGCUGUGGGAUACAAGGAAAAAAGGAUGCAUUGUUACAUAUUCUAGUCAUCGCAUUGCUGUUAAUAGCCUCCAAUUUAGCCCUGAUGGCCAAUGGAUAGCUUCGGCAUGUGAAGAUGGUCUGGUGAAAGUAUGGGAUGUCAGAAUCGGAAAAGUUUUACAAGAGUUUAUGGAGCACACAUCCGCUGUGACAUGUGUAAAGUUUCACCCACAUGAAUUCCUUCUGGCAAGUUGUGGCUCUGACCGAACUGUUAAUUUUUGGGAUAUGGAAAAAUUUGAGCUGGUUUCUAAGUUUGAAAAAGAUAAUACUUCAAUAAGGCAUAUAGCAUUUAGUGAUGAUGGUGCGACACUGUUGGGAUGUGGCAAUGAUGGAUUGCAUGUAGUAGGAUGGGAGCCUGCUCGCGUCCUAGAUACAGUGUCAGGGCACUGGGGACAAAUUCAUGACAUGACAGUUGCACAAACUCAACUUAUAGCUGGAUCAUUUCAUUCUGCAUAUGUUGUUUUGUCAGUGGUUGAUUUGAAUAAAGUUCACCCAUUUGGCGGAGCAGCACCAGCUGCACUAAAUGUCGUCAGAGACAUCUCUCCCUUCCAAAAGGGACAUACAAUAAGAAAGAGUUUUUCAAAAGAAAGGCCACCUAAAGAAGUCCUUCAUCGACCGACGCUUCUCGAUGAAAAAACGGCAGAAGAGUCUACUUCGGGCACAGAGGCUGACGAGGAUUCAGGUGCCAUAAUAUCAAAUAUUAAUGACUACACUGAAAUAUUUCGCCCCUCUCGCGCACUUACUCGUACACCACCACCAGCGACUGCCAUGGGUCUCUCAUCAGAAGAUUUUCCAGUAAUAGCUAACGAGUGCGAAGCAGAGCGGGCAGUGAAUACGUCGCUACGGGACCUGCUGUUUGAAGAGCCGGCGCGUCCAGCCCCUCAACCCUCUCCUCCACAACGACAACGUCCGGAGCAAAGCUCUAGAAUACCCACCGCCAAGGAACAUUACGCAGUAAACGAGAAGCGGACAGAGUUUCCCAGUAAGUUGCAUGCGAAUGUCAACUACCGAUCUACCGUCAACGGACUAAUAGACAGCAAUAAAGACGAUAGCUUAGUAACGAGCGUGCAGACCUCCCCAAUAACCAAUUUUGCUUCAAACGGUGUACAAGCCCCCAUUCUUAACAGACAUAACUCGUACAAAGAAACGAAAUCGACUACUGAAAUAACUGCAACGAAUCUACGACCAAGCAAUAGUGAGGUAUCGUUAGGUCCGCCAUCAUUAGGUCCCAGGUCUUUAUCGUUUACGAGAGCAUCUGCGCAAAAUUCAAGAACACGAUUGUCCGAAAAUGUGACACGAGAUCGGGUAACGAUAAACAGGACUGUUGAAACCGCGCCCGAAAGAGACCCAGAGUUGGAGUUUGUACCACUGGCAAUCGACAAACCUGUCGGCUUGGAUCUUGAUGACUUUGUUCCGCGCGGUGUUACUGCUUGUGGGAUACGUCGUGGUGGUUGUGGAGGUGGCGCAGAACCCAGCGAGCAAGAAGUUCUUGGUGUGAUAAUGCGAGGGCACGAAUCGAUGGUAGCAGUUUUGACAGCUAGACAGCGUGCCUUACAGAUAUUCAACUCCGUUCGAGUCAACAAGGGACUAAAAGCAGCUUUAGAAUCAGUUAUCUCAUUGGAAGAUGCAUCUGUGAUAGUUGAUAUUUUAAAUGUGAUGGCACAUAAACCGUCAUUAUGGGAUCUGGAUAUAUGUUUAUUAAUGCUACCUAAGAUAUCUGAAGCGCUUCAAAGCAAAUAUGAAUCAUACAUGCAGUGUGGUUGUAAUGCGCUACGACUAAUAGUUCGCAACUUUUCGUCUGUAGUUCGUGCUAAUGUAAGUACACCAGUACGAACCCUCGGAGUGGAUAUACCUCGAGAAGAGCGCUAUACAAAGUGUGCACAAAUACAUACACUACUUUUAGAUAUUCGAGCUUUCCUACUUAAGAGACAAACAUUGCAAGGGAGAUUGGGCGCCGCUUUUCGAGAUCUCCAUACACUAAUGCAACAGGGUCUUGAUUGA